AUUUACAGGAAUAACUGAUGCUCAAAGUGAAAAUCAGGUUAGUAAGAAACCCAAGAAAGUGAUGAAGCCCUGAGCUUCACCCUCACAGCUGCUGCUGCUGCUGGCAGUGAACUCAGCACUGAAGACCAACCUUCUUCACUGUGUGAGGAGACGGGGAGAGAUUAUUUCUGGUGGUUUGGAAGCCUUUGAAAGAUACAUGUUUUAAUUGUCAUCACGGAAGGGCUUUUUUGGCAAACUACUGAUAGAGUUGCUUUUAAAAGGGGUUCAAUCUUUCCUGAGCCACUUUGGAGGGUCUAAAGUUUUGAGCUGAUAAACAUCUUCCCUUUAUGUGAAUUAAAGCUUGGAACGUUCAUUCAUAAUAUGAAGAUGUUGCUGACUUUGUUCCUCUUCCUUAUUGGGAGUCAAACUUCAGUAACUCAGACACCUGCCCCUACAUCUGCAGAUAUUGUCCUUUUGGUUGACAGCUCUAAUAGCCUGGGAAAAAAGGCGUUCCCCUCUAUGAAGGCUUUUAUUAGCAAAAUGAUCAGUCAUCUAACAGCGACUCCUAACCAAUACCGUAUUGCACUUGCCCAGUACAGUGAUGAUUUGCACACUGAAUUUCUGUUGGACACCUAUAAAGCAAAGAACCCAAUGCUGAACCAUGUCAAAAAGAACGUUGUAUUCAAGGGUGGUUCAGUAAAAACUGGCAAUGCCCUUCGAAAAGUUCACAGAACCUAUUUCAAAGGACCAGCUAGCGGAAGAGACAAAGAACAAAUUUUGGUAGUCUUGACUUCAGGGGCAUCAGAGGAUGCUGUAGUAGAGCCUGCCAAGAUCUUGAAAAGCAAUGGGGUAAAAAUCAUAGCCAUGGGGAUUCAGGAUGUUUCUCCUCAAGAACUGCAGUCAAUGGCUACACCUCAAUUUUCUUAUAAAUUUCGCACAGUGAGGGAUCUCAGUAUGUCUUCUCAAAACAUGACCAAGAUCAUUGAGGAUGUUAUUCAAACAGAUAUUAAUGGCAUAAUACCAACAGAUAUAAUUGAGAGUGUUCCUGAGAAAGAAGUUUGUAAUUCUGUUGCUGACGUUGUGUUCAUAGUAGAUGAGGGUGUUUCAAAACCAAAAUCUGAAGAUAUUAAAAAUUUCCUGCAAAAUACAGUCUCCAUUCUUGAUGUGAAGAAGAACUGUACAAAGAUUGGCCUAGUGACAUAUAGCAGUGAGCCACACCUGUUAUCUUUAUUGAGCAAAGAAACAAACAAAACUGCUAUUCUGCAGAAAAUAAAGGGCUUUUCUCCGAGGGAAGGAAAGGCCAACACCGGUGCUGCCAUUAAUGCUACAAGGAAAAAUGUCUUCAGUGUAAAAUUUGGAAGCAGAAAGGCCCAAGGAGUAGAGCAAAUAGCCAUUCUGAUCACCCACAGACGCUCUGAAGACAACGUAAGUGAGGCAGCUCGUGAUCUUCGGAGAGCUGGUGUGACUGUAUUCACCAUAGGCAUUGAAAAUGCUGACGACACCCAGCUAACCCAGAUAGCAUCAUAUCCUCAACAGCAAUAUGUUACUAAGCUGACGGCAUUUUCUGACCUGCCAGAACAAGCCGGAACUUUACAAAAGAAACUCUUGAAUCAAAUUCAGGACAAGCUGUAUGUCCAGACUGAAAGAAGAGAACUACUUAAAACAGGAUGUAUGGACACAGAGGAAGCUGAUAUUUAUGUGCUCAUUGAUGGCUCAACAAGCAUUCAUCCUAAUGACUUCGGAGACAUCAAAAAAUUUUUGAAGGAAGUGGUUAAGAUGUUUAACAUAGGGCCGAAUAAAGUUCGCUUUGGAGCUGUGCAGUACUCACAUGUCAAAAGACUGGAGUUUGAACUUCAUGAAUACAGCAAAACAAACGAUUUAGAGACUGCCAUUGACAACAUUAGGCAAAUAUAUGGGAAUACCUAUAUUGGAGAAGCUUUGACUUUCAUGCAGCCACUGUUUAAAAACGCAAGGGAGCAGAGAGCCGGCAGGGUGCCUUGUCACCUCAUUGUCCUAACCGAUGGGGAGUCACAUGACAGUGUGAAGGAGCCUGCUGAGAGCCUGAGGAAUGAGAAGGUUAAUAUUUAUGCCAUUGGUGUAAAAGAAGCAAAUGAAGGACAGCUACAUGAGAUUGCAGGGUCAGAGAGCAGGACUUUCUUUGUGCAUGAGUUUGACUCUUUGAAAAACAUAAAAAAUGAAAUUGUUCAAGGGAUCUGUUCUGGAGAAGCCUGCAGAGAAAUGACAGCUGACAUCAUGUUUCUAGUGGACAGUUCUGGAAGCAUAGGACCAGAGAACUUUUUGAAAAUGAAAAACUUUAUGAGAGAACUGGUGAACAAAUCUGACAUCAGCGCAGACCGAGUGCAGGUUGGGGCCGUCCAGUUCAGUGGCACAAACAAGGAAGAGUUCCAGCUUGACCGAUACUCUUCAAAAAGUGACAUUUUCAGUGCUAUUGAUAGAAUGUCUCUUAUAGGGGAAAAUACACUAACAGGAAGCGCAUUGACAUUUGUGGCUGAUUAUUUCAAGCCUGCCAAAGGUGCGCGUCCCGCUGUCAAAAAGAUUCUUAUCCUCAUAACAGAUGGGGAAGCGCAGGAUGAAGUAAAAAGUCCAGCAAGAGGCCUACGUGAUCAAGGUGUUGUUAUCUAUUCUAUUGGGGUGUUUAAUGCAAAUAAAACUCAGCUGGAAGAGAUUAGUGGGAAGCCUGAGCUGGUUUUUUACGUUGAGAAGUUUGAUAUUCUGAAGCACAUAGAAGAUGAGAUCAUCUUUGGAAUAUGCAGGCCUCAUGAGGAAUGCAAAAGGAUAGAAAGAUUAGAUGUUGUGUUUGUGAUAGAUGGAUCUGGGAGCAUAAGUCCCUUGCAAUACCAAACCAUGAAAGACUUCAUGAUUGCCUUGGUGAAGAAAUCUGAUGUCGCUCCAGAUAGAGUUCAGUUUGGAGCUGUAAAAUAUUCUGAUGAACCGGAAACGUUUUUCUACCUUAAUAAGUACACAGCAAAAUCCGAGAUUGUUGAGGCUAUCCAGAAUGACUUAACUAAAGGAGGUUCAACGUAUACGGCCAAGGCAAUUGACUAUUCGGAAGCUCUGUUUGCUCAGGAGCACGGCAGCCGCAAAAGCAAGGGAGUUCCACAGAUUCUUAUAGUGAUAACAGACGGUGAGUCGCAUGAUAAAGCACAGCUUGGUGACACAGCCAAGAGAUUAAGAGACAAUGGAAUUAUUAUCUAUGCUGUUGGGAUAGAAGGAGCAAAACCUGAUGAGCUUUUGGCCAUGGCCGGAUCAGAAGACAAAUAUUACUAUGUGGGUACAUUUGAAGGACUCAAAAACACAUCUAUAGCAAUAUCAGAAAAAAUAUGUGAUGAUUCAAAACCAGAGUGUGAAAUUCAAGCAGACCUUGUUUUCUUGAUUGAUGGUUCCAAUAGUAUACAACCAAAUGACUUCACCAGGAUGAAGAAUUUCUUGAAAGAUAUAAUAGAUCAGAUUGAUUAUGAGCACAAUGUUGAAAUUGGCAUUGCCCAGUACAGUGAUGGGUAUAAAAGAGAAUUCAGCCUGGGUGCUUUUCAGAGCAAAUCAGAACUGAACAUUCAAAUUCAGAACAUUAAACAGAUGACAGGAACUCGCACUUUAAUUGGAGCUGCACUUAGGAAGGUGAAGGAAUUCUUUGCACCAGCACGCAGCAGAAGAGUAACAAGAAAUGUCCAGCCAGUUUUGCUGGUAGUCACUGACGGGAAGUCGUUUGAUGAUGUUGCUGAACCAGCAGAAUAUCUGAGAAGGGAAGGUGUUCAUGUAUAUGCUAUAGGAGUUGGGGAUAUUGAUCACUCACAGCUCAUGCAAAUAGCUGGCGUCUCAGAAAGGAAGUACACUGUUCAUGAUUUCAAAGAGCUGAAGAUUAUUAAAAAACGACUAGUUGAUGACCUAUGUAAACCUGUUGUUCCUACAACUUGUUUUGUGGAUAUUGUUAUGGGAUUUGACAUCUCCUCACAAAAGAGAGGUGACCAUUUAUUCCAUGGACAGUACCAGCUGAAAGCAUAUCUUCCUGACAUUCUAAAAGCUCUCACAUCCCUAAGCAGUCUGAGUUGCAAUGUAGGGACAAAGACACAGAGCAGUGUGGCUGUUUACCUGAACAACACAGUUACACCCGUGUCUUCAAAGUUCCAAUUUGACAGUGAGAAAAUACUGAACAACCUGAGAAAUAUCAUGAUUGACCAACCAUCUCAUCUCAAUGGCAACUUCCUGGAGUCACUCUGGAAAACAUUUCCAAGCAAAGCUGAUGAUCAAAAUAGAAAGAAGGUUUUACUUGUGUUUUCAGAUGGUUUGGAUGAAGAUGUAGAAGAACUUGAACAAAAGUCAGAAGAACUCAGAAAAAAAGGAUUGGAUGCACUGAUAACUGUUGUUCUGGAAGGAGCCUCUAAAUUUGAUGAGCUUCAGUACAUUGAGUUUGGAAAAGGAUUUGAAUACAUGACUCAAUUAACUAUUGGCAUGAGAAAUAUUGCCAAAGCAGUGUCCAAGUAUGUGACUAACGUUGCUGAAAGGACGUGCUGCGCUGUUUUUUGCAAGUGCAUUGGGGAGGAAGGUGGAAUGGGACUCCGAGGGAAACAAGGAAAUAAAGGAUCUAAAGGUAUAGAAGGCAGUCGAGGACACUUAGGAGAAGAGGGAGAGCCGGGUUCAAGAGGACUGCCUGGACCAAUGGGAGAGCAAGGGAAUAAGGGAUGUGAUGGUAGUAAAGGUCCUAAAGGAUACCAAGGAAUACCUGGUAAAAAGGGAGAUGAUGGGGACAACGGGAUUGAUGGAAUUACUGGAGAGCAGGGAUCACUUGGGUAUCCAGGAAAGGCAGGAGAAAAGGGAGACCAAGGCUACAUGGGCAGUCCAGGGUCAAGAGGACUCCCUGGUGAGCGUGGUGAGAGGGGCUUACAAGGAGAUCCUGGUAACCCUGGAUUGGACAAUGACAUAGUAGGGUUCAAAGGUUCAAAAGGAGAACAGGGAAGACAGGGUGAAAGAGGACCAAAGGGCUCACCAGGGUCACCAGGCUCUCAGAGAACCACAGGAGCAAAGGGUCGAAGAGGAACACCAGGUCCGCAGGGGGAGGAAGGAGCUCCUGGCUCACAGGGCUUUCCAGGAAAACCAGGAUUUCAAGGAUCCCAGGGACAAAGAGGAAUUGUAGGUGUGAAUGGAGAGAAAGGAAGUGAAGGAAGUAAAGGUCUUCAGGGUAAAUGGGGAGCUGCGGGUCCAAAAGGGAGUCCUGGCAGUCCUGGAAUGAGAGGAAAUAAAGGAGAAUAUGGUGAUCCUGGAGAGAGAGGACAGAGAGGGCCGCCAGGUCAACGGGGAAUGCAGGGAGAAGAUGGUGCUACGGGAUAUGGUGGACCAGGAAAGAAAGGAGAGAAGGGACAAGAAGGAUUCACCGGAGAUAUUGGACUGAAGGGUGAAAUUGGAGAAAAGGGAGUUCCAGGAGAACUUGGACCAAAAGGAAUCAGAGGAAAAAUGGGUGUUGCAGGUUAUCCUGGUGAGAAGGGAAUUCCAGGAGACAGGGGACCUCUGGGACCCAGGGGCGCUAAAGGAACAAUGGGACUGCACCCUUUUCCCCCAUGUGAACUCAUUGACUACGUGCGCAGACACAGCCGUAAGUACUGUAUCUUGCUUUAUAAAAUUGCCUCACCCAAAGGGUCAGCACUAGAAGUGAUAUUUUAGGGAAAGAAAAUAAAG